AUGAUGAAAGGAUAUCGCUUGGGUCUCAACCCCAAUAUCCUCAAGAUCCUCUAUAACACCGUCACUGAGAAAAUCGUGACAUAUAGAGCAGCUGCCUGGGCCCUACCGAUGCAGGGCAGAAAAGUAAAGCAUUUGCAAAGCAUCCAACGGUCAUUUUUAUUAAUAUCACGAGAGCCUUUUAGACCUUUUCCGACCAAUGCACUGGCAGUCCUGGCUGGCAUACUACCCUUGUCCAUUAGUGUCGAGAAGGAAGCUACGUACCAGAUAGUCAAGCAACUCGGCCAAACAACGCAAUUUGGGGAAGAGGUGUUUACUGCAGAUAACCUCGAAAGAGCAGUCAUCAGCCUUGACAGGCACCCGUCUUUGCAAGGACGGGGUGUUAAUGUCAACCUAAAGCAGAACACAAGAUCCACGAACAUAGAUGUUACCUAUUAUACGGAUGGAUCUAAAAUAGACGACAGUGUGGGCUGUGCAUAUGCAGCACUUAAAGAGGGUAGAAUAGUAAGCCAAUGGAAGGGGCAUUUGGAAGCGCACAAUAAUGUCUUCCAAAGCGAGGCCACAGCUAUAAGCUAUGCACUGCAAGUGAUAAUUCAGCAGAGGCUAUACAAAAGUUACAUAAUAACAGACAGCCUGUCUACGUUAUACGCCAUCCUUAACCCCACUCACAGUUCUCCAAUAAUAGCAGCCAUUCUGGAAUACCUCCGUGCUCAUAAAGAAUUAAAAAUUAAUCUAGAAUGGACGAAAGCCCAUAUCGGGAAUCAUGGUAAUGAGACUGCAGAUCGGCUGGCAAAAGAAGCAGCUCAUAACGUCGAAGCAGUCCCAGUACAAAUCCCAUUGCCGGUUUCUCAUUUAAAACGGAAUCUGCGCGCCACAGCUCUAGCCCUCUGGCAGGCUGCGUGA